AUGGAGCCGAACGUUCACGUUAACAGGCCUGACAAUAACUUUGUAGACAAGGCGGACGAUCGUCUUCACAUGAGCGAUAAGCUUGAUAGCCCUUGGAAGGGCUGUUUCGACAUCCUGGAACAGCACCUGAACACUGUCGUGGCCGGAGAGGUUGCCAAACAGCUCAAAGAGUUCCAAGAGGCUCGAAAGCGCACGCUCGAAGUUGCUGAGCGAACUGAUGAUGCGCAACAAACUUCAGUACCUGGCAACGUGGAAGAGGGCUCCAAACUGCACCAUACUACCGAACAAUACCGCGAAAUCAAGGCGGACCUCCGCGCUGAGAACUCCGCAGAGACCCAACAGUUCCUUUUCCACCUCCGGGAAGAUCUUCAGAGCCAACAGGGUCGGCAGAUAAAUGCUAGCCAAGAGAACAUUACGAAGAAGGUCAACAAGCUUUGGGCGGAGGCUGCGAGUACAUUGCAGAAGCAGCCAAUUGAUGACCCAAAGAUUCGGGAAAUCGCGACUGGUCUCAUGAACGAAAAGAAGCCUAACAAAGUCUCUACUGCUAUCAACAGUUUGAGACGCGCGGUGGACCAGCUCCAUGAUCUUGCAGAAUCGCUCACCGCAAACAACGACUCUGUUAAUGCCUCCAUCAACAGCCUGGACACAUUGGUGCAAGAUCUCGGCGAGCGGUUGGGCACGCUGGAGACAUUCGAUAGCUCGGCCGCCGGAGACAGCCGUGAGCAGCAUAAAAAGCUUCGAGGGAGGCUGGACAAGGCCAUCACACGGCUCAACAACAUUUCUGGUGAUGUUGGUGCUCUGACCGAAACCGUGUCUACGAACAAUGAGGGGGCGUGCAGCAACCAUGAGCAAAUACAAGAGAGGGUGACAGAUCUUGCGACGACCACAGCGCGCCUAUUCUGUCAACGCGAACAGCAUGUCGCGUUGAGACAGGACCACGACCAACUCGCAAGAGAUUACGCAUUGCUAAAGAUUCGAUGCGAUAAGCUAGAGCAACUCGCAUUGCAGAACAACAGGGAUCAGCUGGCAAUCAUGGCAGCCAUGGCGGCGAACACAAAGGCUUUGUGGGAUCGAGUAGUUCCUUGCUACUGA